AUGUCGAGAGUUUAUCCUAAGGAAUACUAUGCGCGUGAAAUUUUUGAUGAUGUCUCAAAUUAUGGUGAUAUGAUGACAGUAAAGCCAUCAUUGCACAACAUUACUCCCGAGCCUGAACUCUUUGGGGAUGAGGCUACCAGGACCUCAGUCAGCAGCAAAGCAGAAGAGGACUCUACACGGAGAGAAGAAUCAGGAGUUAGUUGCUCAUCAGACAAGCAAGUAGUGCCCCCCUUGGCUGCCACACUCUCUUCUGGGGUUAAACUAGCUUGUAAUAGUAAUCAGUUUCUGGGACCUGGAGGAAUUGUGGAUGCUGAGUUGGUCGAUCAAAGCACAAACAGAUACAGGAUACACCUCCCCACGGCCGGCUGCUAUCUGUGGCCAGCCACACACCUUGGCUUCCUGGUAAGGGCGGCAGUGACUGUGGAGAUUGCGUUCAAUUCUUGGGGUCAGCAUCUGGACCUGGACCUGCAGCACCAUGACCAGUGGAUGGUGGCGGGCCCCUUGUUUGACAUCUCCAUGGAGCCUGGGGAGGCCGUUGCUGAACUCCACCUCCCCCACGUCAUCUCCCUCCAAGAUGAGGUCGAUGUCUCCUGGUUCCAAGUUGCCCAUUUUAAGGAGGAAGGGAUGAUCCUGGAGCGGCCAGCCCGGGUGGAAGCUUUCUAUGCCGUCCUGGAAAACCCCAGCUUCUCUCUGAUGGGAAUCCUGCUGAGUAUUGCCAGGGGGACCCGUCUCUCAGUCCCCAUCACUUCCACAGCACUGAUCUAUUGUCACCUCCACCCUGAAGAUAUUAAAUUCCACGUGUACCUUAUUCCCAGUGAUUCUGUGCUAACAAAGGCAAUAGAUGAUGAGGAAGCUAGGUUCCAUGGUGUGCGUCUACAGACCUCGCCCCCAGUGGAACCCCUGAACUUUGGUUCCCGUUACAUUGUGUCUAGUUCUGCUCACCUGGAAAUAAUACCAGAGGAGUUGAAAUUGUCCUACAGAAGCCCAGGAGAAAUCCAGCCCUUCUCUAAAGUCUAUGCUGGGAAGAUGAAGGAACCAAUUGAACUUGAAAUUACUGAAAAAAAACAUAAGAAUUUGGUCUGGAAAACUUUGGUGAAGCCAGUGGAUCUCCAGUUUGGUGCUGCAUCAGCCCCUCUUGGUUUCUCAGGUGCAGCCUUUGUGAGGCAGCAUCACCGACAGCUCCAAGCCAGAAUGGGGGACCUGAAUGGGGUGCUGGAUGAUCUUCAGGACAGUGAGGUCCUCACUGAGAAUGAGAAGGAGCUGGUGGAGCAGGAGCAGACACGGCAGAGGAAGAAUGAGACCCUGCUGAGGCUGGUGAGGAAUAAAAGGGACCAGGCCCUGGAGCUGCUCUUCAGAAGCCUUGCUGAAAGAGACCCUUACCUGGUGUCCUACCUCAGACAGCAGUACAUGUAA